UUGUCUGGCUAGUUAUCUGUCUUGUUAGCUUGUCAGCUAUCCGCUCUGUGACCUGCCGUGUCCUCCAACGUUUGAGACUUGACAGCCGGUCAUCUAAGGACAAGAGCCUCCAAACCAUGGUUUUCGAGGAGAAGAUGAUCACGAACGGAGAGCCCGAGGAUGAGGAGGAAGAAGAGGAGGAAGAGGAAGAUAUGGUGGAUCCUCUUGACACGAUGCGACAGAAGUGUGAAGAGACAGAGCAUUGUGUUCACACCCGGGAGCGUCUGGAGCUGUGCGAGACCAGAGUUGGGUCUCGGCCUUCGACAGCGGAGGAUUGCACGGAGGAGCUGUUUGACUUUCUCCAUGCUCGGGACCACUGUGUGUCACACAAACUGUUCCAUUCAGUCAAAUGAAGUCCUCCCAGACUGUUGCACCCCUGGCUGAUGACAUUCUUCAAAUAUAAAGAUAGCUUGGUUUUAAAAACAUCCACAUGUGGAUCUGCUGUAUGUUGUAACUUUAAAUGUAUACUGUAUCUGCCCACGAGUAUUUAAAGAGGUGGCCUGAGUCAACAUUUCAUUAAAGUGGAUGGCUUGACAACCUUA